AUGACUCCCCCCCCUUCUCCUUUUGGUCCAAUAGAAGACUUGUCUGACGAAGAAAACCAAAGAGAUUUACAGCCUUCGUUGGACUUGAAAAGACUAAUGAAAGUUUUCACGGAACUUUUUCCGGAAAACUUUUUUCCAGCUGCCCCUCAUUCCCCACCUUCAGAGUUCACUCUAGGAAAGACAUCUAAGAAGUCCGACUUCACAAAGAUGGUGUUGUUACGUUCUUCGAAGAGAGCAUUGAAGAUCAUGAAGGAAUGGAUGGACACGAAGAGAGACCAAGGAAAGGCAGCUUUCUCAUUUCCUCCGGCCAGAUUACCGUCCAGAUCUAGCAUCUGGUAUGAUACUGGAGAAGCUCUCGGUCUGGGAGUUCCCGCUUCUUUUCAUGGGGACUACUCCAGUCUUGUGGACGCUUCUCGUUGGACGGGCAUGGGAAAGACGAAGGUUUUUUGGUCUUCCUCUGAUAUGGACCACCUCCUCAAAGGGAUUUUUAGAGCCUUCGAGGUGUUUAAUUUCCUAGACUGGACUCUGGGAUCGUUGGGGAAGAAAUUAGAAGCCUCCAAAUCUACCGACACGGAAGAACUAGUUCAUCUGAUGUCGUGUAUAGACAAAGCUCUUCGAGACGGAUCUAACGAACUUGCUGCUCUUUUCUCGGCGGGAAUCUUGAAGAAAAGGGCUCAAUUGUGUUCUUUCCUUUCGAAUGGGGUCACACCCAUUCAGAAAGCGGAAUUACUUUUUGCCCCCCUUUCCACUCAUCUUUUCCCUCAAGAAUUGGUGAAGGAAGUCUCUUCUGCCUUAACUCAAAAGGCAACUAAAGAUCUUAUGACAAAGGCAGCAAGGAAGGUCUUACCAUCAAGUUUCAGUGCUCAGAAACUCAAAGAAUCUAGACCUCUACCUCAAGUUUCUCGGCCUUUUCGAGGCAGAUCCCUCAGUAGAGGGAGCACAAGACCGGUGUCAAGAGGUUCUAAGAAAAGAGGCUUCAGACAAGGGCGAAACAAAGUCUGACAACAAUCCUCUUCAGACAGCAGUAGGAGCCAGACUUUCCAACUUCUGGCAAGCAUGGGAGGAAAGAGGAGCAGAUCCCUGGUCGAUUCAGCUUCUCAAGGAGGGAUACAAAAUCCCUUAGCAGAACGACCGAUCGAUCUGUCAGCAAGAUACAGAGAGGAAACCAAGAUCCAAGCAAUACAGCAAGAGGUUUCUAUGUUGCUUCAGAAGGAAGCAAUAGAAAGUUCGGAAUCUGGAGUCUCCAGGGUUUUACAACCGCUUAUUCCUGUUCCCAAGAGUUCGGGGGGAUGGAGACCAAUAAUGGACGUGAGUGCCCCGAACGUUUUCAUGAAGAAAACAAAAUUCACGAUGGAGACAACGAAAUCAGUUCUAGCCGCAGUCAGACAAGACGACUGGAUGGUUUCGUUAGAUCUUCAGGAUGCUUACUUUCACGUCCUAUCCACCUGAACUCCAAGAAGUACCUAAGGUUCGUUUACAAGGAAGAAACGUACCAAUUUCGAGCUCUUUGCUUCGGCUUAAACACAGCCCCUCAAAUAUUCAUGAGGCUGAUGAGCAACGUAGCAGGAAUGCUACACAGAAAUUGUAUCAGGGCCUCGCUGUAUCUGGACAACUGGCUUCUCAGAGCCCACUCCUACACCUGCUGUCUGGAGAACCUUCACAAGACGAUUCAGUUAUCGGAAGACCAAGGCCUUCUGAUAAACCGUCAAAAAUCUCAACUGAUCCCAUCCCAAGAAAUCUUGUAUCUGGGUAUGAGGAUUCAGAGUCAGGUUUUUCGGGCUUUUCCGUCCGAAUUGAGAACGAAACAAGCCUUGGAAAAGUUGCAAAAAUUCUUAAGGAAACAGAAGUUCUCCGUGAGGGAAUGGAUGAGUCUGCCGGGGACCCUUUCCUUGCUAGAACAGUUUAUCUCCUUAGGAAGACUGAACCUUCGCCCUCUUCAAUUCCACCUCAAUCGGCAUUGGGGCAAGAGGAAGACGCUAGAAACAAGGUGUAUUCCAGUUUGGGACUCCAUGAAAGACUGUCUACGGUGGUGGAACGACCCCGUCAAGCUCCAGGAAGGCCUUUCCCUAAAACAGAGGAACCCAGACCUAGUGUUGUUUUCCGACGCCUCGGACUCGGGAUGGGGAGCAACACUGGGAAAGCUGGAGGUCUCGGGCUCCUGGAACAGAGAACAGGAAAACUUUCAUAUCAAUCAGAAAGAACUGACUGCAGUUUUUCUGGCUCUCAAGGAGUUCGGAAGUGCAGUACACAACAAAGGGGUGCAGGUCAACUCCGACAACACGACGGCGUUGGCCUACAUCAACAAACAAGGCGGAACCCACUCCGAGUCCCUUUACAAGACGUCAAGAGAGCUUCUUCCCUGGAUGAAACAGAAAAGCGUGACAUUAUUGACAUGCUUCAUUCAAGGGGAGAAGAAUGUAAGGGCAGACAUCCUGAGCAGGAAACAUCAAGUCUUGGCAAACCUGGGGUCGCCCAUGCAUAGACCUCUUCGCCACAGCACAAACGAAGAGGAUGGGGACUUCCUGCUCUCCAAUCCCAGAUCCCGAGGCAAUCCACAUAGAUGCGUUCCUCAUGAAUUGUGAUCAUCUAGAUGUGUACGCCUUCCCGCCAUUCAAAGUGGUACACUAACUGAUGCAAAAGUUCGUGUCUCACGAAGGCACCAGGAUAUGACUAGUGGUUCCCUUCCGUUAAGAGUAGAUCUACUCAAACAGCCCCACUUUGAAAGGUAUCACCAAAACCUCCAAGCUCUUCAACUAACUGCCUUCAGACUAUCGAAAAACUCACUAGAACUAGAGGAUUUUCGAAGGAGGCAGCUAGAGCCAUCGCAAGAGCAAGGUGGUCUUCCACCAUUAAGGUAUACCAAUCCAAGUGGGAGACUUUUAGAGGAUGGUGCAGGGACAACUCCAUUUCCUCUUCCAGUACCUCUGUGACUCAGAUAGCAGAUUUUCUGCUAUACCUUAAGAAGAGGCAUAACUUUUCAGCUUCUACCAUUAAGGGUUAUAGAAGCAUGCUAGCAGCGGUCUUCAGGCAUAGGAACCUGAAUCUAUCGGAUAAUAAGGAUCUACAAGACCUUAGAUCCUUCGAGACCACUAAAGAGAAACUACAAUCUUCACCAGCUUGGAAUUUGGAUGUAGUUCUGAAGUUUCUCAUGAUUAAUAGGUUCGAACCUUUAAAGGAAACAUCAUUUAAGGACCUCACCAUGAAAACUCUCUUCCUGAUAAGUCUAGCAACAGCAAAAAGAGUCAGUGAAAUCCAGGCCUUUAGCAAAGCUGUAGGUUUCAGACAGGGCAAGGCUAUCUGCUCUCUGCAGCUAGGAUUCCUGGCGAAGAACGAACGCCCUUCUCAGCCCUGGCCCAAAUCGUUCGAAAUUCCAAACCUGUUGGAUCUCACAGGUGAGGAAGCAGAAAGAGUUCUUUGUCCAGUAAGGGCCUUGAGGCAUUACGUGGAAAGAACGGAAAAAUUACGUGGCAAUUCAGAGGGGCUUUGGUGCUCUGUCAAAAAGCCCUCUCUGCAAAUGUCAAAGAAUGUGUUAUCCUUUUUUAUAAGGCAAUUAAUUAGGGAAGCGCAUUCAGCAAUUAAUGAAGCGGAUCUCAAGCUACUAAAAGUUAAAACUCACAAGGUUAGGGCCGUAGCAACCUCGGUAGCUUUUAAACAAAAUAGAUCCCUUCAGAAUAUCCUGGACGCAACCUUCUGGAGAAGCAAGUCAGUGUUUGCGUCACACUAUCUUACACAAGUGCAGACUUUGUAUAAUGACUGCUACACACUGGGUCCGUUGUAGCAGCUCAUUCAGUAAUAGGGGAAGGGACUACUCCUUAAAAAAUCACAUAUACCAAUACUCUGUUCUUACCUUGGGACUAUUGAAAUUUUUAUGGUUGUUUGUGGAGACUGGACGCAGUCUUCCACAAUCAUUGAUCCUUAGUCAGGUGGUCAACUUGUUCCUUGGUAGCGCCCGGAACAAGGGUAUUGUAGGGAGUCUAGUCACAUAGAGGUUUGACCGGUUGACAGUCUCCAAGAGGUCUUCAGCCCCCUGGGUGGAUCGCUGGAUCUCAUAAGGAAAGCAGACAUAAUGAGGCAGGAUAUCAUUGAAGUCAGCUUCCUUAACAGGUACGAACCCGUAAGUUUGUUUUUAUUUAACUCUUAUGUCAAUUCCAACGAUGAUAGUUGUCUCUGACCCUCCACCAAAGGUGUCAAUCAGCUAUAUAUAUAACUACCUGGUGAGUUAGAUGCUUGAAAAUGUUAUUUUCAUGAUAAAAUAAAUUUUUGAACAUACUCACCUGGUAGUUAUAUAUAAUUUGAUUCCCACCCUCCUCCCCUCUAGAGACUAUGGGCAUGGAAGAUCUGAGGAAUAGUUGGAAUGGUUCUACGUAUCUGGGUAGAGGGCGCACAGGUGGUGCAUUUGACUACUGAAUCGGUGAUUGCCGUGAGUUUUGAAAUUCUGCCGUGACGUCGGGGACGUAAGCUAUAUAUAUAACUACCAGGUCAGUAUGUUCAAAAAUUUAUUUUAUGAAAAUAACAUUUUUAUUGAAUUUUCCAGGGUAAUGACAGUUUUGAUGGUGAUAUAACGGUCUUGAGUGAUGUCGAUGAUGAUGCUGAAAAUGAGAUUGUAACACUGUUUGUGAAGUUUGAAUCUAAUUAUAUUCGAUGCAGAGUUAGACAGUUUCAGAAAUUGUCUUCAGUGUAUGACGAAGUUGCUGACCACUUAAGUGUGAAUGCUGCACAAGUUUUGUUAUGUCACGAUGACAAAGUCAUCAGCCGAGACAAAUGUCCAGUGGAUUUAAAGCUCAAAUAUGGAGCUAUUAUAGAAUGUGGGGUCCAAUCUCAGUCAGCUGUACUAGUGAAAGAAACUGUAACCAACCAGAGUCCUGGAACCAUUCCUCUCAAAGUACAAAAUUCAGAUAGGAAAGGAGUCGUUACAAUCUUCAUCAGACCUGAUGCCAAGAUGAAAGAACUGAUGCAUAGGUAUGCCGAAGAGAAAAAUAUUCCUGUGGAAGAGUUGCAUUUCAGUUUUGAUGGGGAAACCUUAAAUCCAAAUGACACACCUAAAUCUUUAGAUUUAGAGGGGAAUGAAUGUAUAGAUGUGUAUAGAACAUGAUUUGUAAUUUCUUUUGUAUGUGAUACUUGCAGACCUGAAAUAGGGAAUUUCAGUGAUGUCCAUUUAUUGUCAGUGAUUUACCAUAUGAUUUUGGAAAACAAGAAGGCAGUUCCAUUUUUUUUAUUAUUAUGACUUUUUUUUAUGAUUUUUUUUACUGAAAUUUAUUUAACUUCCCUUUUCCCUUUUUUUGUAAAUAGGUAUGUAAUGCAGAUUAUAUAUUAACAAAUAAAUACUUUAACCCAAGAACAAGAGAGAUUUCUACUCUGGUAAUUCAUUGCAAGCAGUUCCAUCCCCCCCCUCCCCUCCCCAGUAAGGGAAGGGCAGAAAUAUUCUAAUGUAAAAGACAAAGCUCGAUGGAUGCUCAAAUUAUGAAGUAUACCUGCACAGUAUUGUAGCCUGAUUCAGUAGGUACCCAUCCCUACCUGCUGAUCCACAUAGGGAGAAGGUGGAAGAGUUAGAUACCUGUCACUACCAAGCAAUCAGGCGAGAUACUUGUCUGAAUGGAGCUGGGUAGCUACACAGCCUGGUGGCUGGGGUUU